AGACAUUGGAGGGAGAAUUUAAGUCCAUGAGUUAAUUAUAGUCUCUUUCUUCUUCGUCUGGUCUCUCUUUUAGCGCUCAGCCAUUCUACAAGGCCAAGAGUUCCGGGAUUAAUGGCCUCCUACGGGACACUGGGGUCAAUUCAAAGCCCUGGCAUCAUAUACUCCUCCAUAUCAAGAGGAUCCACAAUACUAGCUCUCCAUGCUAGCUGUGAUGGUAACUUUGCUGAAGUAGUUCCUCAAAUACUAUCAGUCAUUUCUCGUGGAGACCUCACCAGCAGACUCACUUACACCAGUGGAGAUUACAUGUUUCAUUAUGUCUCGGAGGAAGGAAUUAUUUUUCUCUGCAUUACAGGAGACGAUUUUGAGCGCUCAAGAGCUUUUAUGUUUUUAGAGCAUGUCAAAUCAGACUUCUUUGAUACUUAUGGGGACAAUUUCUCACAGUUAACUCCAUACAGUUUAAAUGCAUCUUUAAAAGGAGAGCUAUCUCGAAAAAUGCAACAAUAUUCUGAAGACUCGUAUUUUAUUCCUAACGGAGACCAGACUAUGAUCAGACUAGACACAAUAAGAGUUAAAGCAUUUGAGAGCAUCAGUGAGAGUGGUAUAGAACUAGAGAGACUUGAACUCCUAGAAUCUUCAGAUAAUUACAGUUUAAGAAGUUUUGAGCAACAAAUAGUCGAAGGACGCAAUUUUUGCAAAGAAUGCUGUCGCAAAUAUUAUCGUAAUUGGCUGGUUAUCUGUAUCUUUGUUUUUGUCUUAGUAAUUAUACUGACAGCAAUUAUUGUCAUUAUUGUUGUUACAGAUGAAGACAUUGAUCACCCAACCAGUUCUACAGCAUUACGCAACUCAUUACCAUGAAAUUUCCACUAUUUUUUCAUCUUCACAUUUGCAUGUUUGUUUUUGACACUUUUAUCAAGCUGAUUAUUAUUAUUAUUAUUUUAUUUUUGUGUUUUUACUAUCUCCAUUAUACAUAUUGUAAUUAUAUUAUAUUAUAUAUAUAUAUAUGUGAAUGACUUUUUGGUUGUAUAUAAUGUAUCACUCUAUCUUCUCUUUAUUGAUAAUUUCUUCAUAAAAAGUGCCACAAAAAGAAA